AUGACUGACCAGCAGAACGCCGCCCCCAAACCCGCCGCGAUGCAUGUCGAAGGCACCGACACCGGCAAAAUCCACAAUGGCGACGCGGCGCUGGCGCUGUUCGAAAAUCUCGAGGACAUGCACGAGUCCUUUGAGCCAGGCGAGGAGAAGCGCCUAGUUCGGAAGAUCGAUUGUAUGAUCUUGCCCUUCCUGGCUGUUUGCUAUGCAUUCUACUAUAUCGACAAAACGACGCUCUCCUAUGCGGCCAUAUUUGGCAUUGAAGAGGAUUUGAAUCUAUCUGGUACCGAAUAUUCCUGGCUGUCGAGUGUGUUCUACUUUGGCUUCCUCGUCUGGUCGCUUCCAACCAAUCUCCUCAUGCAACGAUUUCCAAUCGGUAAAUACUUGGGUAUCAACAUUUUCCUCUGGGGAUUCUUUCUGAUGCUUCAGGCUGCUGCAAAGAAUUUCACGCAACUAGCCGUCCUUCGCGUCAUUUCAGGUGCUGCCGAAGCAUGCAGCGACCCUGCGUUCAUGCUCAUUACGAGUAUGUGGUAUACUCGUCGCCAGCAGCCCAUUCGUAUUGGCCUCUGGUAUACGGCCAAUGGCUUCGGUAUUGCCGUCGGUGGCCUCCUCGGCUAUGGCAUUGGGCAGAUCAAGGGCGCUCUCGCUUCGUGGAAAUAUGAAUUCCUGAUCAUCGGCGCUCUCUGCUCUGCGUGGGGCAUUGUUAUGAUCAUUUUUCUGCCUGACUCCCCAGUGACAGCACCGCAGCUAUCCGACCGUGAGAAACGACUGGCGGUUGAGCGCCUCCGUGACAACCAAACCGGUAUCGAGAACAGGACCCUCAAGCCGCGGCAGAUCCUCGAGGCCUUUUUGGACUGGAAGGUGUGGACCUUCUUUCUGUUGGGCUUUUCGGGAAAUAUCCCUAAUGGAGGGAUCUCGAAUUUUGGAACUCUGAUCAUCAAGGGAUUUGGAUUCAGUACCUUGGUUACCACGCUCAUGCAAAUUCCCUACGGCGCCUUUAUUGCAAUCAUGAUUUUGGCAGCCGUCUUCAUCAACGACCGACUCCCCCGCAACAAUCGGUGCAUCGUGGCCGUGGUCUUUUUACUGCCCAAUCUAGCCGGGUCUUUCGGUCUCUGCUACGUGCCCCAAUCCAAUCAGGUCGGCCGACUGAUCUGCUAUUACCUGACGGGAUCAUACAAUGCCUCGUUCGUGAUCAUUCUAUCGAUUCUGACUGGUAAUAUUGCCGGUCAUACUAAAAAGGUGAUCACCAACGCCAUGAUCUUCCUGGGCGUCUGCGCUGGCAACAUCGCUGGCCCCUUCUUCUACAAAGCGGACCAAGCCCCCGGCUACUCUCUGGGAAUCUGGUCCAUGAUCGUUGCGAACUUUGUCGAAAUUGGCUUGAUUCUCUUCCUCGGGGCGUGUCUCGCAUGGGAGAACCGUCGUCGUGAUCGGAUGCAGGACAUUGUUCCUGGCGGCGAUGCAGACUACAUGCGGCAGCUCGAGCUCGAUCGCACGGCGUUUAGCGACUUGACGGACAAGGAAAACAUGAAUUUCCGGUACUUGUAUUGA